UUGUCUCUCCAGUGCAGGGGCUUGUCUGAACAUGGCUGCCCAGUCUAGAGAUGUGACCCCACCGCGGUGAUGGAAAGAUGAAGACGGAGGUGCCAGAUUCAUCUCUCCUUCAUUUUUCUCACUAUAUGUUGUUUGUAGGAGGGGCUGAAGAAGAGAAAAAAGGGAAUAGAUGGAGAGAGAAGAGGAUGAACAGGCAGAGGAGAAAGUGUGGCUGGCCACAAAUCUUGGAGAAAGAGAAGGAGGAGGACAUAUUGAUGGUUUUUCAGCUGAAAGAGGAGCGAUGAUGGGGACGGAAGAGGGUCUGGUUUUACCAGGUUUCUUUGGGAACUCGCAGUUGGAGGAAAGUCCACCAUUAGGAUUCUCUCUUUCCUCGGACCAUACGGAUACCUGGGCUCUGUCCAUCUUGUCAUCCUCUUCCUCCUCUCUGCCCUGUCUCUCUCCUCCUCUUCCUCCGUCUGUGGGGCUGGAUGGCGUGCUGGCAGAGGGCCGGCUGGUUCUGGACGUGUAUCGGGGCGAAAUCUCCUCCCGCCUUUUGCUCAAAGUUCCGCGUCUAUCAUGUUUUUGGUCUAUCUGUCUAACGUUUUUCAUGUGUUUAUAUUCUCUCUCUAUGUUUCUGUCUCAAGGACAUCGUUUCUAUGACCCUCAGGGUGACCCUCUCCCUGGCCUCCUCUCCUCUCUCCCUGACUCCGUCUCCUCUCUGUCUCUCCUCGUUCACCUGGAUCUCUCAUUCAACUGUCUGUCCUCUCUUCCUCCCUGUCUCCUGUCACUCUCUCAUCUCUCUGAGCUGCUGCUGUGUCAUAAUCAGCUGACGGGUCUGCCGGAGGGUCUGGGAGCGCUGGUGUCCCUGCGGCGGGUGAGUCUGCUGGGGAACAGGCUGGAGGAUCUGCCCCGGGGAGUGGGCCUCCUCUGCAGGCUGCAGGAGCUGGAUGUGUCCUUCAACCAGCUGGAGAGACUUCCAGAUGAACUCGGCCAACUACAGGACUUACAAAAACUGGAGCUGUCAAAUAACAGGCUCAGAGCGCUGCCGGAGACUCUGGGGUCUCUCCGCUCUCUGAGGCAGCUAGUAAUCCAGAGUAAUGAUCUGAGGACUGUUCCAGAAUGUUUGCGCUCCCUCCCGCUGCUCGACAAACUAGACACGAGGAACAACCCGCUGGGCCGACCGCCGACGCCCCCACUGAUCGCCCACGUGACCCCAGUUCUGGAAGAAUCUGAGAUCCCAGAACUGCACCUCGGAUUUGGUCAACACAGUUUUGAAGUAUCAUCUGCUGGUUGUCACGUGUUCAUUCCUGGAGGGGCGGAGCUCUUGUUUCCACGGAGAUGCGUAAACGCAGUCACACAACUCCAGUGGGCGGAGAGGAGACCAGACAGAAAGUGGGUGUGGCUAGAGGAGCAUGAUGUCCUUUUGAGUCGACAGCUGGAGCUCCGCCCACACGGAGCCACAUUUGAGGAGCCAGUAGAGGUGUGUAUUCCAUAUCACAAAACACGGAAAGGUGAUGUUGCAGUUCGCAGGUUUGAUGGUCGGUCUUGGUCGACACUAUCCACCCUGACCAGGAGGGGAAGUGAGAAACACAGCUGCAGGCCAGGGGGACGCCCAGCGCGGUUGGCCUGCUGCAGUGUGUCUCAGUUCUCGUGGUUUGUGGCCAUCUCUCGUCCUUUCCUGGACAGUUGCUCUGUGUCUCCAGAGGGGGCGCUGCUGGUGUCUGAAUUCGACCCGGGGAUCAAACUUAUUUUCCCUCCAGAGUGCACAACAGAGACACGUACAGUCACAUUGCAGGUCCUGCAGGUGGUGCUGUCUGAGGUGCAGGACCUGAUCGGAGACCCUCAUGCGAGUGCCAGCCCACUGCUAUGCCUCUCUCAAACUCCCAGCAUACAUUUCCUUCAGCCAAUCACAGUGCAGAUUCCUCUUCCACCUGGAGUGACUGGACACAUGGUGGACAUGUCCCGUUUGCACCUGAUGCACGGCGACCCCACGGCCCACACCUGGACUGACAUCACCGCUCAGGUGUCGCUUUAUGUCACGCACAUCUACGCGGUCUUCUCCAUCACACACUUCUCAUGGUACUGGUUGUGGUACACCACUCACAGGUGUGUUAGUGGUGUCGUCAGGAAGAUGUAUCAUCGCUUGAAACAGUUCCGGAUUCGAUUCCUGGCGCUACAGAAAAAAAACGACCCAGAGCAGGUUCUGCUGCAGUGCCUGCCGUCGGACAAGGCUGAGAGCAGGUUGGCGUCUCUGUCGGAGCAGUAUGAGGGUCCUCAGCCGUCUGAGUUGUGCGUCCUGCUGGAGGGAGAGCAGUUUUUUGCUGGUUUUGAGAGAGGCAUUGACAUCAGCGCAGACCGUCCGGACUGUAAAGAUGGCAGACUCUCAUUCACCUUUUACUCUCACCUGAAGAACAUUAAAGAGGUGCACGUGUGCCCGACCCACCCACAGCAGGGCACCGUGAGAGGACAGGUGUCAUUUUACAGGGGUGAAGUGCCCAAUGAUCUUCCAGAGGAAGUGGCGAGUAAAAGAAAAGGUCAUGACAACCAGUGGAUGGCGACGCUUCCUCUACGGAUUGCUAACGCUGACUGUGAUGGGAGCAUCUCCGGCGAGCUGAACCUGGGCGACCCAGAGAGCGGCUACCUGACACAGACCAACCUGCUGUCCAUCUCCUUACGCAUUAACCAAGAGUGGCAGAAUAUCGGCAUCAACCUGGGCAUCAGCUACGACCAGCUGGAACGCAUCCGGAACCAGCACAGGGACAACUUUGGGGCCCAGGUAUUGGCGAUGCUCUUUCAUUGGGCGAGAGGGCAACAGGGGGCGGGGCCAGGGGCGGUGCAACAGCUGAUGAAAGCGCUGGUGGACAGUGGUAGGCGGGACUUGGCGGAGGAAGUAGAGGACAUAGUGACUCUGGGGAAGAGGAAGUAUGAAGAAUCGCUAAAGAGAGUCGGACUGCAGACACCAGCGAGCUCUGCAGACCCUCAGUCCAGCUGACACACACUCACACCAUUAGGAUGAUUGUGCUGCUGAGAGCGGCUGCCAACAUCAUGACAUAUAAACUCCCACCAGCAGCACUGCACACCAACACAGUGACACACAUGGACAUACAGUACAGAGUCUCAUCUCACAGGACAGUCUCUGGGUCUCAGAGCAGCUGUCUGUCUGAAUGAUGUCUCCAUUAGACGCCUGUCUCUCUCUCCUGUGCCUCUCGAACUCACAGUGUCCAGCAGAUGUAUUUUAUUUGUAGUGAGACACAAUGCUGCACAUUUACACUGAGCCAAAUGAGCCAUGAGUAUUUGUUACAUGUUUUUUUUUAGUGUUUUAACCAAGAAACAAUCAAAAUGUUUUUUUUUUAUGUAUAUGGUGAAUCCCAAGCAGCCUCUCAAAAAGGGUCAUAUUUCAUAUUUUUGGUGUGUGUGUGUGUAUAUAUAGUU